AUGGUUGGAAACAUGGCCUCUCUUCUGAAAAACAAGGAGAUGCUGUGCUCAUUCUCUGCUUCUCAGGAACCAGUUCUUCUUCAACCUUUCUCUGCUUCUCAGUACAAUCUCAUCACUCAAUCAUCUUAUCCAUCAACUUUAUGGCGGCCGCGGUUGUUGAAGCAGAUUCAUGACUCUGCUGUUAACAACUGGCUUGAUGAUCUCAAAGAUGCUCUCUAUCUUGCUGAUGACAUUCUCGACCAUAUCUCUACCAAAGCUGCUAUUUCCAAGAAGAACAAGGAGUUGCUAGGCUUGAAUACAUUCUCAAAUUGCAACAUAUUCUCGGUCUUCAACAUAUUGCAACUCACCACUCAUCCUGGAGAUCUCCAUCAACCUCUUUAG